GACCUGCCGCCUGCCGUGCGGCCAUCCGCGCCGCGGCCGCCGCCCGCCUCCCCACGCUCCUCUCUGCUGGCCCGAGGGGGCGCCGCCGCCUCCCCAGAGCCCGGCUGCGUCCCUGAACUUGGCCAGUGCCUGCCUCAGCUCCCGGCCCCGCCGCCGCUUUACAGCCCGGACGUGCAAAUUCGCCGCGUUCCCGGCGGGGAGAGCAGGAGCAGAAGGAGAAGAGGGCGGCCCGGCCCGGCGGGGCGGGGGCUGUGCGUCCGCGUCUGCCCGCGGCGGAUCGAUGGCAGCCAAGUCCCGUGCCGCCGGCGGAACCGAGGGCACGAUGGGGACCUGCUGCCCACCACCAUGAGGACGAGCCCGUGCAGUCAUUUGCCAGAAGUCCUGCCAGAGCGCCCUUGCCCACCAGCACCUGACGGCAAGACCCUGCCCGGUGGUGGCGGCCCGGCCAGCAGCUGCCCACAGUAUGUCAUGCAGGUGUCAGCCAGAGAUGGGCAGCUGCUCUCCUCCGUCGUGCGGACGCUCGCCACGCAGAGCAGUGCCUUCACUGACCGGGCGAUGUGCAGGAUCUGCCACGAGGGCAGCAGUCAGGAAGAUCUGCUUUCUCCCUGUGAAUGUACAGGGACCCUGGGAACUAUUCACCGCAGCUGCCUGGAGCACUGGCUAUCAUCUUCAAACACCAGCUACUGUGAACUCUGCCACUUUAGGUUUGCAGUGGAGCGCAAACCCAGGCCAUUGGUGGAGUGGCUGAAGAACCCAGGCCCCCAGCAUGAGAAACGGACUCUCUUUGGAGACAUGGUGUGCUUCUUUUUUAUCACUCCGCUGGCGACCAUCUCUGGCUGGUUGUGUCUACGAGGAGCAGUGGACCAUCUGCACUUUAGUAGUAGGCUAGAAGCUGUUGGCCUCAUUGCACUCACUGUCGCACUCUUCACUAUUUACCUCUUUUGGACCCUAGUAUCUUUUAGGUAUCACUGUAGAUUAUACAAUGAAUGGCGUCGGACCAAUCAGCGGGUGAUACUCCUAAUCCCAAAGUCUACCAAUGUCCCCUCCAACCAGCAGUACCUCCUGGGACUGCAGUCCCUCAAAAGGAACUCAAAGGAGACAGUUGUCUGACUUGGGCAGUUUCUGCACAGGUGCCAUGCACUAAAAAUGGUGCCUCAAACUCACUGGGGCCAGACACUGUCCAGAACUCAGGAGCUAUUCUGAUUUACAAACUCUUUGCAGAGGAAUAAAUCACUAUUUCAAUUCAAAUCACAGAUGCUGCAAUCAUGAGAUCUGCUAAACUGCCAAACUUGUUUCCUUAGCAGAUAAGUAUAUGUAAUUUCAUACAGUGUGCUACUACUUGCAUCAGCAAGUGAUGCAAUUUUUUUGUUUAAAAUAUUGAACUGUGAUAA